CUUCAGUGGCUUGAAUCCCUCUCCAUUUCGAUUUCAGAUGGGGAUCCCCCAUUUCUUUGUGACUUCCGCAUCAGUGCGUGCCCUAAUCUUGUACAUAUCGAGUUGUCUGCUCUCAACUUGAAGUUAUGUUGCAUCGACCGCUGCUCCCAGCUUAGGCUGCUGGCACUCACCCACUCAUCUCUGGGGGAACUGAGCUUACAGGAUUGUCCACUAGUGUUGUUUCAGAAAGAGGGUUUGCCUUCCAACCUACAUGAACUUGAAAUACGGAACUGCAACCAACUCACACCUCAGGUGGACUGGGGUUUGCAAAGACUAGCUUCUCUUACACGAUUGAGCAUCGAAUGUGGAUGUGAAGAUGUGGAUUCAUUUCCCAAUAAGUAUCUGCUGCCCUCCUCUCUGAUUCUCUUGUAAUCUCAAAACUUCCUAAUCUCAAGUCUCUUAACAGCAAGAGGCUUCAACAACUCACCUCUCUUCUAAAAUUAGAGAGAUCAGUAGCUACCCUGAGCCCCACUGCUUUGCAGGGUCGGUUUUUCAACACCCUAUAUCUCUCAAGGUACUACGAAUCUGCGACUGCCCUAGGCUCCAAUCCUUGAGGGAAUUGGGUUUUCAACAACUCACCUCUCUUGUAGAAUUAGGGAUCAUAAAAUGUUGUGAGCUCCAAUCGUUGACAGAAGUGGGUCUUCAACACCUCACGUCUCUUGAAAAAUUGAAUAUCCAAUGGUGCUUUAAGCUCCAAUACUUGACAAAACAGAGACUGCCAGACUCCCUCUCUUAUCUACAUGUCUACUACUGUCCUUCACUGGAACAACGGUGCCAAUGUGAGAAGGGGCUAGAAUGGUGUUAUAUAGCUCACAUUCCAAAAAUAGUGAUCAACGAAGUGCUGUAUUAAUGGAAGUGGUACUGCAUCAGUAUACAAUCAGGUCUUGACAACGGCUAGGAAUUUCUGUAUAUUUCCUGUUGUUGUGAAGAUGAUCAUUGACAUCAAUGUCAUGGAUCCCAGUUCAGAAUGUGGUUAUGGAUCACAAAGAAGACAUAAAUCUUCUUAUGCUAGGUUCUCGUUAGCAAAAUUCUCAUUGGCAUGCCUGCACUUCUGUUGGCAAUUCCUGGUGACAUUUGCAGCAUAGGCACCAGUGUUAUGGCAGUGGUAUUUGUGGAUUUAACAGCUAUUGUAUUGUUUGAUGAAGAGGGAAGGCUGUCCAGAUGUGUGUGCUUGUAUAGGUAUUCUUUCUUGGGUCCAGAUUUUAAAGACCAAAUUUUUUCAAAUGCCCAGUUUCCAAGAAGAUUAAGGGGAAGCAGAGAAGAAUGCGGUAGAGUUCUUAUAAUUAUGAACUUCAUAUUGGAUGGGCUAUUGACAAGCAAAAUCAAGUUCCAGAGGAAACAUAAUCCCAUGUCUCUCUUCGUUAUUUGCAAAUCAGAGGGAUUGCAAUUGUCUGCUCUCAACUCCAAAAGUAGGGAUCGAUCGUGUGUUAUUUUAAUGAAAGUGGUAUGGCACCGAUAUACGGUCAGGGAAUUUGGUUGUGCAGCAUGCUCUGUUUGUUUGAUUUAAGAAUUUUCUAAUGAAGAAAAGAAGAGUAAAGGAAGAUUGAUCCUCAGUAAUUCACAUUUUAACAAAGCCAGUUAUCAUAUUUUCAUGUCUUCUUCAAUUUUCCUUUCUAAAUGGCAACCAGGAUCAGCAUAGAGGACUUAUUAUGAGAACAAAGUUUGAUAUCUAUGGAAAAAAAAAAUGAGCCUGCACUGUUUGAGAGCCCCUGUAAAUAAAAGCCGGUCUAUUUUGUACUAACCCAAUGGACUACCUUCAAAAGAAUCAAAACACUGGAUCAUUCAACUGUUAUUCUGGGAAAGGUAUUUUUUCCCGGCAGCCAUGGAAGAUGGGAUUUUGUUUCCAGCCUGAUCAGUUGCCGGCCUCAGAGGGAGGCUCCACCCAGCAGAUAAUCAACUUGGGGAGUACUCCUACCACCAUUGCUGGCCAUUUCGGGUGUCCAGCAGCUUCUGCCUUUUAUGCAACUGAAUUCUACAUGGGGUUUCCAGAAUGUGAUUCCUAUCCUGCUGAUACAGUAACCUCAUCAUACCCAUCUUCUAAAUUUGAUCCAGCAGGUUCUCAAUCAAAGGAUACCCAGAACCUUCCCAGCUGUGAAAAUCAAAAUCCCACUAGAACCCCAUAUCGAAAUUCACAGGUUUGUGACAUCUUGUUCAUCAAGUCUGACGUUGAAGAUGCGCAGCCCUACAGAAUUCUUCGGGAAAAUCAGAAUCAAAGAAUUGAACCCAGCUCUAGAUUUCAACUAAGGAGGCAGCCUGCAAAUCCCUCUCAUAAUACUACUUCUGUCGCUUCAAACAAGACGCGGAUUAGAUGGACUCAAGAUCUUCACAAGCGAUUUGUUGAGUCUGUAAAUUGUCUAGGGGGAGCUGAAAAGGCAACUCCAAAGGGAAUCCUUAAGCUGAUAGGCUCUGAGGGACUGACCAUCUUCCAUGUCAAAAGUCACUUGCAGAAGUAUCGUAUUGCAAGGCACCAACCAGGAUCAACAGAAGAAAAUUCCGAGAAGAGAACUUGUGCAGAUGUCAUAACAAAGUUCGAUCCAGAAACAGGCUUGCGGAUAGCAGAAGGACUGCGACUGCAACUAGAGGUCCAGAGGCAUCUCCAUGAACAAUUAGAGAUCCAAAGAAAUUUACAGCUGCAGAUUGAAGAACAAGGGAAGCAGCUGAAGAAGAUGCUGGACAGUAACAGAGACCAAAUAAGACCCUGAUUGAACUCCCUGAACCCCCCUGACUUGCAUACCAUAUAGUAAGAUAAGUUCUGAUGUAAAAGGACUUAGAAAUCACCCCAUUUGCCUUCCAGUAUUGUACGUCGAUCAUUUUGUUAAUUUCUAAGUCUAUAUACAUCUCCAUCGUCGAAUUUAUAACUGAUAAUCUAACACUGCGUUUUCUAAAUAAA